AUGUCUCUUUACCUCUGUGUCGACUGUGGUGGCUCUAAAACUUCCGCCGUUGUAUCCGAUAUUUCUGGCAAUAUCGUCGGCAGAGCCUCAGGUGGACCAUCCAACAUCGCGUAUCUGACCAUCGAUUCGUUCAUCGAAACAAUUCGAGCAACAGUUGGAGAUGCACUGAAAACUUGCACAUCCCCUGCGUCAGUUGAUACAGUUGCCCUGCCUCCCCCAGCAGGACUCGAGUUUGUUGCAGUUUGGUUUGGCAUCUCAGGCGCAGAUUCACCCUCAAUCAUCGAGUCUGUGGUGAACCCACUCUCUACGCUACUUGGCGUUCCAAAAGGACCCAGACUUUCAGUAGCCAACGAUGCUCAUCUGCUCGCUGCUCCUAUACGAAUGCACGAAGAUGUUAUCUCUGCCGUUACUGUUAUAGGAGGUACUGGAUCCAUUGUGGUUUCAUUCAAGGAGAAGGAAGAUGGAGAACUAGAGGAGCUAGGUCGUGUAGGCGGGUGGGGAUGGAUUUUAGGCGAUGAAGGUGGUGGGUACAGUAUCGGAAGGGAAGCUGUUCGUCAGGUUCUGAUAGAGCAAGACAAACAUUCCGUCAUGAAAUCGCCCCCUCCUGAAGGACCGCUCAGGACUUUGCUGAAAAAUUACUUUGGGAUCAAAGACGUUAUGGAGGUGUUGACUGAGGUCUAUGUACCCGACCCGAUACCUUCCACCGUCGUAAACUCAGAUCGCGGUGCACAUAAGUACAUGUCUCGUGAGAAGCGUCUGUCCUCGCUCUCUCCGUCAGUUUUCGCCGCUGCAUUCGAGGACAAAGACCCGCUGGCAUUGAAGGUCUUGUGUAUCUGUGCAAAGGAUCUCGCGGAACAGAUUAGCAUUGUCGUAGGAGAUGCUAGUGAAGAGGCUCCGCGACUGGUGAAGGCUUCCGAGAGUGUUAUUUGUUUUGGUGGAUCAGUGGUGGGGCUAGAAGUAUACCGCAAUAUGGUAUUGGACGAGCUGGUAGCGAAAGGACAUGUAUUCAAACACGUUGAGUUCGUGGAUGAUUGUGCGGCUGUUGGGGCUGCUGGGCUCCGAUUGAAGUUUAAGGACUAG